AUGAUUGAACAAUCCACAGUGGAAGCAGCCAUCCAAGAAUGUAGCCAGGCAUCAGAUGAAACUAUAGAAAAUGUUUUCAACAUUAUUGGAGCCUUUGAUAUUCCACGUUUUAUUUAUAAUUCAGAAAGAAAGAAGUUUCUACCUCUGUCAAUGACCAACUUCCCUGUACCAAAUUUGUUUGGAACUGCCAGAGAUAAAGCGGAGUUGUUUCGUGAACGCUACUCCAUCUUACAACAGAGGACUCACAGACAUGAGUUGUUUACUCCUUCAGUAGUCAUUGCUCAUCCUGAUGACAGUAAGAGCAAAUUCCAGCUUAAAACAGUAGAAACUCUAUUGGGCAAUACAGCUAAAGUGGGAGAAGUGAUUGUGCUUGGGAUGAUCACUCAGCUCAAGGAGGGGAAAUUUUUCCUAGAAGACCCUACAGGAGUCGUCCAGCUAGACCUUAGUAAAGCACAGUUCCACAGUGGUUUAUAUACUGAAUCGUGCUUUGUUUUGGCAGAAGGUUGGUAUGAAGAUGAAGUUUUUCAUGUGAACGCUUUUGGAUUUCCGCCUACUGAGCCUUCUGCUACCACUAGAGCCUUCUAUGGGAAUGUAAACUUCUUUGGAGGGCCUUCUUCAGCUUCAGUAAAGGCUUCUGCAAAACUAAAGCAGCUGGAGGACGAAAAUGAAGAUGCCAUGUUUGUAUUUCUUUCUGAUGUGUGGCUGGACCAAGCAGAAGUACUGGAAAAGCUUCACACAAUGUUUUCAGGUUAUUCCUCUGCACCUCCAACCUGCUUUUUCUUUUGUGGAAAUUUUUCGUCUGCACCGUAUGGAAAAAAUCGAAUUCAGUCCCUGAAAGGUUCUUUGAAGGCUCUUGCAGAUAUUAUAUGUGAAUAUCCCAGCAUUCAUAAAAGCCGAUUUGUGUUUGUUCCCGGCCCUGAAGACCCUGGUCCUGGUUCUAUUUUACCAAGACCUCCCCUGGCUGAAAAUAUUACUGAGGAAUUCAGACAGCUGGUGCCAUUUUCAGUUUUCACCACAAAUCCUUGCAGGAUUCAAUAUUGCACCCAAGAAAUAAUUAUCUUUCGUGAAGAUCUAGUAAACAAAAUGUGCAGAAACUGUGUCCACUUCCCUAGCAGCAACAUGGAUAUUCCCAACCAUUUUGUAAAGACUAUAUUAUCUCAAGGACAUCUGACGCCACUUCCGCUGUACGUUAGCCCCGUGUACUGGGCCUACGACUAUUCCCUGCGGGUAUACCCUGUGCCAGAUAUGCUCGUCAUUGCAGAUAAAUAUGACCCGUUCACUGUCACCAACACUGACUGUCUUUGCAUAAAUCCUGGUUCAUUUCCAAAAAGUGGAUUUUCAUUCAAGGUAUUCUACCCCUCCAACAAGACAGUUGAAGACAGCAAGCUUCAGGGCCUCUGAAUUUCUGCGAGACUGCAAAAAGGGAGCGAGCCUUUGUAAAGCCAACUGUAGCACUCAUUUGAGAUGCAUUGAUUUUUAUGAUGUACUACAGACUCUUUAUAAUAAACGUCAAAGCCGAAAAUGGUGUAUUUUGUACACAAACUUUUACA